AUGCGUCUCCAACUUGCUCUUAUUGCUGGAUUGUUGAGCAGCUCUGCUCUUGCCUAUGGUGAUGAUAACUGGGGUAACCAUGGACCUAAAGCUAAAACCGUCGUGAAAUAUGUCACAAGGGUUCAAUGGAAGACCAAGACUUGUACCGUCACCAAGCUCAAGACUAUCAUCAAACCCGGUAGCGGAGCAACAAAGACCCAGACUGAGGUCCAAACCGUUACCGUUACCGUCACUGCUACCGCAGCUGUCGGUGGUAAAGAUGGUGAGGAAAAGGAAGAUGAAGAAGAACCUGUCAAGGUUAUGGAGAAACCCGCAAAGGCUGAAGACGAUAUGCCAGCCGAGAAGGAUGAGGUUAAGGAGGAUGAGCCCAAGGAAGAUGAGGCUAAGGAUGAGGCUAAGGAUGAGGCUAAGGAUGAGCCCAAGGAUGAGCCCAAGCCAGCCCCAAAGACCCACAUCAUCAAGGCUAUGACCGAUGACGACGGAAACGACGUCUUCGAGCCAGCCAGCUUGAUGGCCGCCACCGGCGACACCGUUGUCUUCGAGUUCCACCCAUCUACCCACUCUGUCGCUCGUGGUAUCUUCGAUAAGCCAUGUCAGCCACUUGAGAAGGGUGGUUUCUACUCCGGCUUCUUGCGCGUUUCUGGUGGUGCUAAGAGCCCAACUUUCAGCAUCAAGGUUGAAGAUAGCAAUCCUAUCUGGUACUACUGCACUGUUGGAAAGCACUGCCAAGGUGGUAUGGUCGGUGUUAUCAACCCAGGUCCAAAGGAUGAUCUUAAGGCCUAUAUCGCCUCUUCCAAGAAGGCUCCUUCCAACGUCUCCCCCAAGGAGGUUAACGGUGGUACCGUCGCUUCGCCAAAGAUGAAGCGUAUUCUCCGUGCUUAG